AAUUAGACUACAAUACAUACACAAUCAAGGUUACAGUUUUCCUUCUGGUAGUGUUUUUACAGACAGGUCAUACCCAUGGCUGGUAUGAGCAUUUUGAGGCCUUGUUUGCAAGGAUUUAGGAUAGUGAACAAUAGACUCAUUCAGACGCCGAUUCAGAGACAGUCACAACUAUUAGGACAAGUAUCAGUUCGAAAUGGUGGACAUGAAACCAGAAUGGCCAUUAUUCCCUCCAGAUUUGACUGGACACGAUUUAAAGAUGACUUUAUCUUCUAUCUGAUGCUGGGACUUGUGCCCAUGAUGGCUACUAUUACUUCUAUAAACUUGUUUAUUGGGCCAGCAGAACUGUCUGAGAUUCCAGAAGGUUAUGAGCCAAAGGAAUGGGAGUACUACAAAUCACCUAUUAAGAGAUGGUUGGCAAAAUAUGUGUACGAAGAACCUCAGAAGGAGUAUGAGCGAACAUUGCACUUUCUCCAUGAGAGCCAACAGAAGAGAUACUGGAGAAUAAUGAAAAAAAGAUAUCAGUUCCUGUCCCAAGAAAGGAUGGAUUACCAAGGAUGGUACAUAAUUGAUCCCAGUAAUAGGGCUAAAUUUUAUGCAGAAAAUGCAGCUACAAAAGAAAUGUAUGAUAGAUAAGUAUGCAGGACAGAUUGUCACACUGCUACAAACAACUUGUUUGCUGGAUUUUCAUUGAAAUUCUAUCAAAUACUGUAAUGUGUAAAUAAACUGAAGUUUGUGUGGUGACAAACCUUUUUCAAGUUCUACAUGAAGAAAAUCUCUAAUAAUUUGUUGUAGGUCAAUUCACUAUUAAAGAAUACAAAUUUUAGUGUUUC